AUGAGAACCACAUCACUGAUUUUGGGAGCGCUCGCUGCGUUCCAAUCUGUACUUGCCGCCUCGGUCAAUGAUAAGUGCACGGUUGGAUACUGUACCCUUAACGGCGGGACGAGUGGAGGGAGCGGCGGUGUUACAACCACGGUCUCCUCAUUAGCUGCGCUCAAGACUGCAGUUGCAGAUGAUGUUGCACGGAUUGUAGUAGUUACCGGUACUAUCACUGGCAACGAAGCAGUGCCAGUCGGAUCAAACAAAUCGAUUCUUGGAAGCGGCGGUGCAACCCUUGUUGGUGUUGGUUUGAGAGUCUUGGAAAAGAAGAACGUCAUCAUUCGGAACCUCAAGAUCCAGAAGUGCCUGGCGCCUAUCGAUGGAAUUGGUAUUCAGCUAUCGACCAACGUCUGGGUCGAUCACGUUGAGCUCUCUGCCGACCAGGAUCACAGCAAGGACUACUACGACGGCCUCCUCGAUAUCACCCACGCGGCAGAUUAUAUCACUAUCUCAAACGUCUAUUUCCAUGACCACUGGAAGGGGUCCCUCAUUGGACACAGCGACAACAACGGUGCUGAAGACAUCGGCACUCUCAGGGUAACAUACUACCAGUGCCAUUUCCAAAACGUCUAUUCUCGUGGCCCCAGUCUACGUUUCGGAACAGGACACGUCAUCAACGGCUGGUACGAAAAUAUGGAAGAUGCCGUCAACACCCGCCAGGGCGCUCAGAUGCUCCUUGAAAACUCUGUCUGGAGCGGUAUCACGAAGUGUGUGAUCUCUUCAGAUGCGGGUUAUGCCGUCCUGCGUGGAUGCGAUCUUGGUGGAGGCACCAAUAGUGCACCGACUGGAACAUUGACUAGCGUUCCUUACUCGUACACUUUGCUGGCCGUAACAGACGUCCCUAGUGUCGUUGGAGCUAACCAAGGGGCUAUCUUGACUUGGUAG